AUGUCAGAAAAAACCUCCAGGCCACGCCAGAGAUGUGCCUUCCUGAUCUACGAGACCCCGGAGGCAGCAAGAUGCGCACAGCAAGCCCUACACAACAGCUACAAGUUGCGCGGGAGCAGGAUUCAGGUCACCUUUGCGAGGAAAAGUGCAGACAAAGGUCAACAGAUCUCUAGACAGUUCCAGCCGGACCUCACUGUGUUCGGCCCCUACACAGAGGAGGUGCUCGCCAUGAAUUCCCUGCAGCUGAUGUCGCUCUACAAAGCCCUUCAGGUCCAGAAGAGAGAGCGACACGAGGCACCGAGCAAGAUGGCAAAGACCCUGCAGGCGACUCAGCGUUGGGAAGCUGUAGGCAAGUCACGGCUACGAAGCGGCGCGACGACA